AUAAAAAAAUAAAAAGGUGGUAAUAGAACAGCGAAAACGACGCCGUAUUGAAUGAAACUUUCAUUCGAAGCCUUUUUCAACCCCGCGACGUAAAGAAAACGACGGUGCUACUUGGUGGUGGCACCGUACGUUACCUUCCAUCACCUUCCCAAAACGACAUCGUAUCAAUUACCUUCUUCACUUUCCUCUCAUUCACAAUCCAUUCCAAUCAUUUACCUCUCUCAACACACUUUCUCCUUCUCAAUCGUAAUCUACUUUUUCUUCUUUUUGAAUUCAUUGAAUUUCAUCUCUGAUAUUGAUUUUAAUUUCUCUGUUCAUGUUCAAUUCGUAUGGUAACGGUGUACUUGAACAUGUCAAUGGCUUCUAAUUCAGACCAAUGGAUGAAGGAAUAUAAUGAAGCAAUGAAACUUGCUGAUGAUAUCAGCAGCAUGAUUUCUGAGUGGAGUUCAAAUCCUGCAUCUGGACCGGAAACCCAGCGGCAAUCAUCUGCUAUAAGAAGGAAGAUUACAAUAUUAGGGACUAGGCUUGAUAGCUUGCAAUCCCUUUUAUCAAAGCUUCCUGCAAAGCCGCCUCUAUCCGAGAAGGAGAUGAAUCGUCGCAAGGACAUGCUUGCAAAUUUGAGAUCAAAAGUUAACGAAAUGGCUUCUAAGCUGAACAUGUCGAAUUUUGCAAACAAGGAUAGUUUGCUUGGUCCAGAAGUAAAACCAGAUGUAAUGAGUAGAACUGUUGGCCUAGACAACAAUGGACUUGUUGGAUUUCAACGACAAAUUAUUAAAGAACAAGAUGAGAGCCUUGAGAGUUUGGAGAAGACUGUAAUCAGCACGAAACACAUUGCAUUGGCAGUAAAUGAAGAGUUGGAUCUACACACAAGACUCAUUGAUGAUUUAGACCAACAUGUAGAAGUCACAGACUCUCGGCUUAGGCGGGUGCAAAAGAACUUGGCAGUAUUAAAUAAACGAACCAAAGGUAGUUGCUCUUGCUUCAACAUGCUCUUAUCAGUCAUCGGUAUUGUGUUUUUGGUUGUUAUGAUUUGGCUGUUGGUCAAAUAUUUGUAACUAAAAUGGCGAACUUGCCACACAUCUCAUUUUGUCCAUGUUUCUGUAUGUGUGCCCUGAAACAUCGUAACCGGGUUUGUGAUUUCUCUUGGUGCUUUGUUGUAAUUGAUGUGGAAUCUGUUGAGGUCUUGAAAGGUUUUGUAUUGUAAUUUUCAUAUGCAAGUGUUUAUAUAUAGCGUGUGCCUUUUGUAAAAAUAUGAAUGUCGAAAACUACUUGCUGGAGUGUGACACACUGUUCUAUUGUAAUUAUAUGUAAUCAAUUGCGUGGUUUAAGAGUGAAGAAA